AUGCCGUUGAGUAGCGAGCGUGAUUUCUCUUAUGUACCACAACCUAUUCAAAAACGUCAUAUUAUAUCAAAUGAACGUUAUAAAAUACUAAGUUCCCCCAAAUCAAUACAAUCAUCAGCGAAAAGUGCUUCAGCUGUAUCAGUUUCGGUUGUUAAAUUAAAGCAAUCAGCAUUACGUCAAAUACCAAGUAAAUCAACAUGGACGCCGAAAAAAUAUUUAUUACUCGCAUUGGGUAUAGUAGCAUGUGUGAUUCUGGCUAUUGCUAUUGCAAUCGCGGUGGUUUUUGGACGUAAACAAGGAACUAUAACUGCAACAACUACGACAGCUGGACCAGUUACCUCUGCUUUUUGGUCAUUUGAUAAUACAACACAAGAUUUGUACAAUGUUUACAAUGGUCAGUUAGUUAGUGGUGCUACAUAUUACACAUCACCAAGUAAUAAUCAAGCAGCAACACCAGUUGGGGGAGUUGGUCAAACACUCUAUUUAACAGCAUCAUUAAAUCAAUCUGUGAUAAUUCGUAGUCCAUUUUUUAAUUUAUCCUACACAAGUUUUACAUUAGAAGCAUGGAUAUAUCCAGUGUCACUGUCUGGUGAUAAUGAUAUAUUUGGUCAAUGUGAAAGUACUACAGGAGUCAAUUUAUGUCUUUAUAUGAUAUUACGUAGUUCUCGUUUAUUUAUGGGUUUUUCACCUAAUUAUUUAUCAGGUGUAACAAUUAUUUCAACCAAUACAUGGUCGCAUGUUGCUUAUGUUUACAAUUAUGCCACAGGACAACAAUUAAUGUAUUUAAACGGUUAUUUAGAUAUAGCCCAAUCUAAUGUCGACCCAUAUCAAGGCCAAAAUGGAUCAAUCACCAUCGGAAGAUCAUCUAUUUUACGUGGUUCUAAUUUUUUCGAUGGUUAUAUCGAUAAUCUUGCACUAACAACACGCGCAAAAUCAUCAACAGAAAUAUUAAAUGAUGCAACAUUAAAAUUUUAUUUUUCAUUUGAUAAUCCAACCCCAUCGUUAGACGGUAGCUCAAAUAGUCUCAAUGGAACGAUAUCAAACGCUGCCACAGUUAGGGGACGAGUUAAUGAAGCAUUGAGAUUUAAUGGUGCAUCAUCGUACUUUCAAAUGUACGGUUUUUAUCAAUGGGGCUUUACAACAGCAAAACCAUUUUCAAUAGCAUUGUGGGUUAAUCCUGUGUUACUUGUUGGUGGUGUAUUAGUUCAUAUGUCCGAUUCAGCCACUGUUAGUUAUGGUCAUUGUUUAAUUUUGAUGGGCUUAACAUCGGGUGGACAAAUUAUGUUACAAGCAUGGUAUUCAAACUAUCCAUCGGUUGUUGGUCCACAGUUAUCUGUAAAUACAUGGACACAUAUUGUUUAUACAUACAGUUCAACAAAUGGUGUUCAACUAUAUGUUAAUGGUAUAUUCUCAGGUUCAACUUCGUCACCAUCGUUCUCUAGUAGUGGCUAUGUUAAUUAUAUUAAUGUUGGAUCGAAUUUAGGUUGUUGUGGUUGCGUUAAUAUACCUGGCACUGUAUUUCAAGGUUCACUUGAUGAAUUAUAUGUUUAUAAAAGAGAACUAACGUCAACUGAAGUAUCAGCAUUAGCUAAUCCAUAA